AUGGAUCUGCCGCCUGCCCCUACCCAAGACCCCCGCUACGACUUCAUAGGACUCUUCACGUUGAAAGCCCUGAAGUUGAAACCAGAAAAAUGGCUUCGAGUUAUAACUACAGAGGAGUACAAAGCCGUAGUAGACCAGUUCCUCAACCAGCCUCUGCCUUUGCUGUUGGUGGUGGUGUUGACGAAUGCCAACCAGCUCGUCCCGGUGGUGUCCUUUCCGUGCAAUUUGAAGAACAAGUCAUGUUACUUCGUGAAGUCGAUGCCAGAUGUCGUCCCGAAGGAAGGGUGUGGUGAAAUGCUUAUUUAUGGUGAUCUGGCACCAAAACUAAUAGACGAACUAGCGUCUUUGGUGGACGAAAUAUUCGUGCCUCUGCUGUCGAACCCCAUCAACCACGAAGGGUGGCCCCUCGUCGUGUCCCAGGAUAUCCUGAAGCAGAUCCAUAAUUUGAAGAGCACUGUUAAUGAGGUAAAAGGCAAAGUAAACGGCCAGACCAUACUCCCUCUACCAGUGGGGGUAGAACUAGUCCAUGAUGCGGAGAAGCAAGUGCUGAGAGGCGAGGAGGUGGAUCUGUACCUAAAGAGCGCUAUUGAAGGCGUCGUCAUCAAGUGGGCUCAGCAGGUCAAUGACGUCAUGAACGAUGACUCUGCACUGGCUUUCGAGAAUGGACAGAACCCACUGCCGAGUGUUGAGCUCGCCUAUUGGAGGUCCAGGCUCAACAACCUGAACUACAUUUACGACCAGCUGUGCAGCGAGCGCGUGCGCUGCAUGUCCGUCAUACUCGAGAAGACUUCCUCUGCUUAUUACCCUUGCUACAGCCGAUUGUACAAAAACACCAUCUCUGCUUUAGAAGAAGCAAAAGAAAUCGACUUGUAUAUCCAUACUUUAGACAAACACUUCUUCAAAUUAGAAAUAGCCGAUUUCACGGAAUGUCAAGUCUUGUUUCGACCAAUGUUUCAUGUGAUUUGCAUGAUUUGGCGAGACUCCAAAUACUACUGUAGUUCUUCAAAGUUGAUUGUGCUGCUGAAGCAAAUAAAUAAUCUACUUAUUUAUACGGCGAAAAAAUGUCUUGAUCCAACAACCAUCUUUCAAAGUGAUAUCACUGAAGCAGCGUUGCGCAUACGCCUAAGCAUUGAAGCUAUAAAGGACUAUAGGACUACUUUUGAUUACUUUAAAGACAACUUGCAGAAAUACUUUGGGGAAAGAAAAGUAUCACCGUGGGUCUUCGAUACAAACGCCGUUUUUGAAAGACUGGAUAAAUUUUCAGAACGGCUCACUACUAUUCUGUGGUUUUUUGAAACGGUCUUAGAAUUCCGGAAACUAGAUAACAUAGAAAUAGGUGGCAUCAAAGGUAAAAUACUCAGUGGGGAGUUGAGGGAGAUUUCAACAGAAUUCGAAUCUUACUAUCAAGGUUUCGCGUCAAAGACUUACGAUGUUCUCGACCCUGAUGACGUAAGGUUUAUAGCAGAUUUCAAAGGAUUUCAAGAAAAUAUCAUUGAUUUGGAUUUAAAAUUGGCAACUGUUUUAGUUGACGCUUUUGAUAACUAUCCUACACUGGAUGAUAUAUUCAAGCUGAUCGAAAUAGCUGGAACAAUAUUGGAUCGCCCUUUGAUAAAGAGUCAAUUCGCAGCUAAGUUCGCCGAGAUAAUUGAUAUGCUCGACAAAGAAAUGACAGCAUGCGAAACGAAGUACAACGAGCAACUUGAACGUCUUGAAAACUUCGGUAUUAUGGAGAUUGAUGUUUACAUGCCUCCCGUAGCAGGAGGAUUGGCAUUCAUGUCGACGCUGGCUGCCAGGAUCACCAAGCCUGUAAUUUUAGAUAUAAUGAAAGAAAUUCAUCAGCUACUCAGAAAUCCAGAGUUUCAAAACGAUAUACCGAAAGAAGGUCUAGAUUUAUUUAAAAAACAAGAUACUUAUAGACUGUAUCAAAUAAACUUAGGGAUUACAUUGAAAUGGUAUAAUGAAUUGAGAGAAAAUAGUCAGCAAGUAGAAUUUGAUUUAGUGGAGAAAGAAAUAAAGGCAAUCGAUCACUUAAUUGAAAUAUCUGAAAACGAAUUAAAUUGGAAUUCGCCAAAUCUGUGGGAGCAUUUGCAGGAGCUGCACAAGUUAGUAGGUAAUUUAUAUGAAAGAAUGGGAAAAGUACAAGCUAAUUUUAAAGACAUAAGAGCCGUUAUGCGUGAGUGGGAGUGUCUACCUCUUUUUGAAAGAAAGGAAGGGAGGAAGGAUACGCUCCUUAAUUUAGAAGAUAGGCAAGAUAAGAAAAAUAAACGUUAUGAUACUAUAAUCAAAACUGCCGAACGUAUUCGUGAACUUAUAAGACAGAAUAUGGAAUUGUUUAACAUGCAAGAAAACCAAGACUGUGAAGCUUGGAAAAAAUACGUUGCUUUUGUCGACGAUUUGAUGGAAGACUCUUUGUAUAAAUGUAUUGCUUGUAGUUUGGGCUAUAUUUCUGAGCAUAUGAACCCUAAACAUAAUCUGGCUCCAUUGUUGAAAGCUCAAUUAGAACUUUUGGAUCCUGAAAUGGUUUUCGAUCCAACUUUAGAUGUAAAUGAUGAAAAAGGCUUAAUGGCUAUAUUGAAAGGGAUAAUUGAAGACAUACUAAAAAUGUCCACCCUCAUUGAAAGAAUCGACGUUUCUAAAGAAACAUCCUAUGAACACGAAAUUCUAAAUAAUAGCGUUAUUAUAGAAAUUAAAAAUGAGAUCAUAAAUGAGGUAAAUAAGGUAAUAGACGACGCUAAUAAAUUCUGCAAAACAUUUGAACCUUACUAUUACCUCUGGUUAGAAGAAAGAGAUGGAGUUAUGGAGAUAUUUUUAACCUAUGGAAGAAUACUAACACCAGAAGAGAUGGAUAGGAUUGGUUCAGAAGAUGACGAAAAUCCAGCACCUAAAGCACGUGCUCCUACGAUGAAAGGAUUUAGACAGCAAAUAGAUCAUUUUGAAAAUCUUUUCUUGGAGAUUGAAGAAAUUGAUCCAUACAAAGUAUUUGAUUGUUGGUUUCAGGUCGACAUCAGGCCCUUCUUGCAAGCCCUCUUAAAUUUGACUAGAAAAUGGGGAAAUAUGUACAAAGAACAUUUGGUAGAGCUUGUGACAUCAAACUUGACUGAUUUGGGUAAUUUCAUUCGUAAAGCUGACGAAGGACUUAUUCAGCCUGUAGUGGAAGGUGAUUAUCAAGCUCUUAUUAAUGUGAUGGGGUAUUUGAUGAACGUCAAAGAUCGGACUGAAGCUACUGAUAAAAUGUUUCAACCAGUCACAGAGACUAUCAAUCUCCUCAAGUUCUACUUGGUUGAUAUACCUGAGGAAGUUAACGUUUUACUUCAGGAACUACCUCUACAAUGGGCAGCAACUAAGAAAUUAGCAGGAACAGUAAAACAAACAGUUGCUGCUCUACAACAAGCUGAAGUUAGUGGCAUCAAAGAGAAAAUAAAAAUAUUUGACGCACUAGCUAUACACUACAAGGAAGUGUUUAAAAGAUACAACUUUUUUAAAUUCGACUGUCAAAAUCCGUACGAAGUGAUGGCCAGAGUGGAUUUAGAGAUGUCUCAUUUAGAAACAGAAAUGAAUAAUAUACAAGAAUCCGGUUCAUUGUUUGAAGUGAAUGUGCCAGAGUUUAAGAUACUGAAGCAAUGUAGAAAAGAACUGCGAAUGUUAAAGCAACUUUGGGACUACGUUUACAUAGUGAAAACUAGCAUUGAGAAUUGGAAAACUACUCCAUGGCGGAAAAUUGACGUGGAAAACAUGGACAUAGAAUGUAAAAAGUUUGCAAAAGAAAUCAGACUUUUAGAUAAGGAAAUGAGGGGUUGGGAUACUUACAUCAACUUAGAGGCUAAUGUAAAAAAUAUGUUGACGUCUGUGCGAGCUGUUGGUGAACUGCAAAAUCCAGCCAUCAGAGAUCGUCACUGGGAUCAGUUACUGACAAGCACGAAGAGUUUGGCCGCUUUACCCUCAGAGCUUACAAUUCGAAUUGUAAUGGAUGAUAAUGCCACACUCGCUGAUUUGCUACUUCUGAACCUUCACGAAUGUGUGGAGGAAGUAAAAAAUAUAGUAGACAAAGCUGUAAAAGAGAUGUCAAUGGAAAAAGUUCUUAGAGACCUAGAUGCGACAUGGAAAAGAAUGGAGUUUGAUCAAGACAUCCAUCCAAAAAAUGGUGCCCUAUUGCUAAAAGCUAGGGAAGAGCUGAUAGAAACUUUAGAAGAAAAUCAGGUUUUGGUCCAAAAUUUAAUGACGUCAAAGUAUAUUGCGCACUUCUUGAAAGAAGUCUCGUGCUGGCAGCACAAGUUAUCCACCGCAGACCAAGUGAUUACCAUGUGGUUCGAAGUGCAGCGGACUUGGGCUAACAUGGAGAGCAUAUUUAUGAGCUCUGAUGACAUCAGGAUACAAUUACCUGAAGAUUCAGACAGAUUUGAUAAAAUUGAUGCAGCAUUUAGGAAUUUAUCUAUAGAAAUGGCCAAAACUCCAAACGUAGUGAAAGGAACUAACCAAGAAGGGUUAAUUGAGAAACUCGAAGAUUUACAGAAGGAUUUGCUUCUUUGCGAGAAAGCACUCUCGGAAUAUUUAGAAACUAAAAGAUUGGCAUUCCCAAGAUUUUAUUUCGUGUCCUCCGCGGACCUUUUGGAUAUUUUGUCUAAUGGUGAUCAAGCUGAUCUUGUAAUAAGACAUCUCACAAAACUUUUUGACUCAAUGGCAAUUCUGAGGUUUAUUGAAAGCGAGAACCCAGAAGAAAAAUUGGCAAUGGGAAUGAUAGCCAAGGACACUGAAUAUGUGACAUUCCACGGGACGUGUGACUGUACUGGCCCAGUAGAAAUAUGGUUAAAUAGACUCCAAGACAUGAUGAGGUCCACGAUUCGUCAAUAUUUUGAAGAUGCUGUAAUCUCUCUCGAAGUAAAACCACGAGAAGAGUGGCUUUUCGAUUUCAUGGCCCAAGUAUCUCUCUGUGGUUCGCAAAUUUGGUGGACCACCGAAGUGAAUAACGCCUUUGUAAGAAUAGAAGGUGGUUACGAAAAUGGUUUGAAAGAUUAUUACAAGAAACAGUUGCAUCAACUUAGUACGUUGAUCACGUUACUAAUAGGGGAGCUCAGUAAGCAGGACAGGCAGAAGGUGAUGACGAUUUGUACUAUUGAUGUCCAUUCGAGAGAUGUAGUCAACAAAUUGAUCUUGGCUAAAGUGGAUGAAGGUUCAUCUUUUCAAUGGCAAUCGCAACUGAGACACAGAUGGGGCAAGGCUGAAGGGCACUGUUUUGCUAAUAUCUGCGACGCGCAAUUCAAAUACAGUUACGAAUACUUGGGAAACACCCCAAGACUGGUCAUAACACCAUUGACUGACAGGUGCUACAUCACGCUAACUCAGUCUUUACAUCUUAUAAUGGGAGGAGGCCCAGCAGGCCCAGCUGGUACAGGGAAAACAGAAACUACGAAAGACUUAGGAAGAGCCUUGGGCAUUAUGGUUUAUGUCUUCAAUUGCUCUGAACAAAUGGAUUACCAGUCUUGUGGCAAUAUUUACAAAGGAUUAGCACAAACAGGAGCUUGGGGAUGCUUUGAUGAGUUCAACAGGAUCUCUGUUGAAGUGCUAUCCGUAGUAGCAGUACAAGUGAAAUCUAUACAGGAUGCCAUAAGGGACAAAAAACAGCAGUUCAAUUUUAUGGGAGAAAUAAUAUCAUUAGUACCAAGCGUUGGAGUAUUUGUAACAAUGAACCCUGGCUACGCAGGCAGAACAGAAUUGCCAGAAAAUCUAAAGGCACUGUUCAGACCUUGCGCCAUGGUUGUACCAGAUUUCGAAUUGAUUUGUGAAAUCAUGUUGGUAGCUGAGGGUUUCCAAGAGGCGAAAAUCCUUGCAAGCAAGUUUAUAACUUUGUACACUUUAUGUAAGGAACUGUUGUCGAAGCAAGAUCAUUAUGAUUGGGGACUGAGAGCUAUAAAAUCUGUAUUAGUAGUAGCGGGGUCUUUGAAGAGAGGAGACCCUGGCCGUCCUGAAGAAGAAGUGUUGAUGAGGACGCUACGGGACUUCAAUAUUCCUAAGAUUGUAAUUGAUGACAUGUCAGUAUUUAUUGGUCUUGUUAGCGACUUAUUCCCGGCAAUAGAUGUACCACGCAGGAGAGAUUUGGAUUUCGAGAAGAUUGUAAAACAAGCAGCUAGAGAUCUUCUCCUGCAAGCUGAAGACAAUUUCGUUAUGAAAGUUGUCCAACUGGAAGAGUUAUUAGAAGUUCGACAUUCAGUGUUUGUUGUUGGCAAUGCCGGUUGUGGUAAAACUCAAGUAUGGAAAACUCUUUUCAAAACAUACCAGAAUAUUGAAAAGAAACCAAUCUUUAACGAUUUGAACCCAAAAGCUGUAACAAAUGACGAGUUAUUCGGUAUCAUCAAUCCAGCAACCAGAGAAUGGAAAGAUGGCCUCUUCUCGGUCAUAAUGAGAGACCAAGCUAAUUUAGGGGGAGAUAACCCGAAAUGGAUUGUCUUAGAUGGGGAUAUAGACCCGAUGUGGAUUGAGUCAUUGAAUACUGUGAUGGAUGAUAAUAAAAUAUUGACACUGGCUAGCAAUGAACGAAUUGCUGUUACUCCCUCUAUGCGGCUUAUGUUUGAGAUUUCUAAUUUACGGACUGCUACUCCAGCUACAGUUUCUAGAGCUGGUAUUCUUUAUAUCAACCCUCAAGAUUUGGGAUGGAAUCCUUAUGUUACGAGUUGGAUUGAAACAAGGGAAGAUCCAACUGAAAAAGCAAAUUUAGUUAACCUUUUCGAUAAUUACGUCCCGUCGUGUGUAGAAACCUUAGGAGGCAGAUUCAAAACGAUAACUCCUAUAGUAGAGAUGGCUCAUAUUCAGAUGUUGUGUCAUCUGUAGUGCCUGUUUAUCCCUGCAAACACUCCAGUCGGCUGCCCGAAGGAAUGGCAUGAAAUAUACUUUGUUUUUGCUUGUGUCUGGGCGUUCGGAUCAGCGUUGUAUCACGAGCCAGGGAUUGAUUACAGAAUGGAGUUUUCCAAGUGGUGGGCGAAAGAAUACAAAUCCGUCCCGUUCCCACCAGAAGGAACAGUGUUCGACUACUUUAUAAAUGAGAAGAAACAGUUCAUUCCUUGGACAGAGAAAAUACCAAAAUUCGAAUUGGACACCGACACUCCAUUACAAGCUGUACUUGUACCAACAGCAGAAACAUUGAGAGUGAGGUUCUUUCUGGAUUUGCUAAUGAAAGACAAACAUCCAGUUAUGUUGGUCGGUGGUGCUGGUUGUGGUAAAACUGUCUUAGUUAAUGAGAAGUUGCAGUCACUUCCAGAAAACUACGCCAUCCAAUCAGUACCAUUUAAUUUCUACACCACAUCUGAAAUGCUGCAGAAGAUCUUAGAAAAACCUCUAGAGAAAAAGGCCGGUCGAAAUUACGGUCCUCCAGGGAAUAAGACUCUGAUUUACUUCAUAGAUGACAUGAACAUGCCCGAAGUAGAUGCUUACGGAACUGUCCAACCACAUACUAUAAUAAGGCAGCACAUAGACUACCAUCAUUGGUAUGAUCGUACCAAGCUUUCUCUAAAAGAUAUUCACAAUACCCAGUACGUUUCUUGUAUGAAUCCAAAGUCGGGCAGUUUCACUAUUAACCCAAGAUUACAAAGGCACUUCUCUGUGUUUGCUGUCAGCUUUCCUAAUAACGAGGCGCUGAACUAUAUUUAUUACUCCAUUUUGUAUCAGCAUUUGACUAACCCGGAGUUUAGGAUUAAUCCUUUGGUGAUCAAAUUAUCUUCAACUAUGGUCAAAGUUACAAUAUUAUUGCAUAAUAAAGUCAAUCAAAUAUUUCUUCCCACUGCAUUAAAAUUCCAUUACAUCUUCAAUCUUCGAGAUUUGUCUAAUAUCUUCCAGGGUUUCCUAUUCACCACCAAUGAGUGCUUGCUGAAUCCAUCAGAUUUGAUUAGGCUAUGGAUACAUGAAACUAGUCGAGUUUACGGAGACAAAUUGACAGAGGAAAAAGAUAUCGAAGCCUUUGCGAAAAUGCAAGUUGACAUGCUAAAGAAGAAUUUAGAUGAGAUAGAAGACCAAGUAGUUUUCAAGAAACCCAACAUUUAUUGUCAUUUUGCUGACGGCAUAGGUGAUCCCAAGUACAUGCCGAUAGAGUCAUGGGAGCACUUGAGCAAACUUCUCAACGAGGCCAUGGCUAGCUACAAUGACCUCAUUGCAGCUAUGAGCUUAGUGCUUUUUGAAGAUGCCAUGGCGCAUAUUUGCAGGAUUAGUCGUAUCCUGGAGAGUCCUCGAGGCAGCGCUCUCUUAGUUGGUGUAGGUGGUUUUGGCAAACAGUCGUUAUCGCGAUUAGCUGCAUUUAUAUCUACUUUGGAAGUCCUACAAAUCCAGUUAAAGAAAGGCUAUGGAGUUGCUGAUUUGAAGAAUGAACUCAAUGGUCUAUACAUAAAAACUGGCCUCAAAAAUGUUGGUGUAAUGUUUCUGAUGACGGACGCACAGGUGGCCAAUGAACAGUUUCUUGUGCUCAUCAAUGACCUGUUGGCAUCUGGCGAGGUAGCUGAUCUAUUCCCUGACGAUGAAGUUGAAAAUAUAUUGGGCGCUGUGAGAAAUGAGGUAAAAGCAGCAGGAUUACCAGAUACAAGAGAAGUGUGUUGGAAGUUCUUCAUAGACCGAGUUCGUAAGCAGCUGAAAGUGGUUUUGUGUUUCUCACCAAUAGGGUCCACCUUGAGGGUCAGGGCUAGGAAGUUCCCGGCUCUGAUCAACUCUACUUCUAUCAACUGGUUCCACGAAUGGCCGCAAGAGGCUUUGGUGACGGUAGCCAUGACUUUUUUGCAAAAUUUGGAAGCGCUACCAGAACCACUGAAGGAUUCAGUUGCAAAGUUCAUGUCCUACGUACACACUUCAGUGAACAACAUUUCCAGAGAUUAUCUGGCUAAUGAUCGGAGAUACAAUUACACGACCCCUAAAAGUUUCCUAGAGCAAAUCAGCCUUUACUCCAAAUUGAUAACGCACAAAUCUGUAGAUCUAUGCGAGAAAAUAAUAAGAUUGGAGAAUGGCUUGGAGAAGCUCCGCUGUACUGCAGUGCAAGUGGCCGAGCUAAAAAAGAAGCUGGCUGUUGAGGAGAUUGAUCUGGCGCAGAAGAACGCCAUCGCUGACAAACUCAUCGAGAACGUCGGCAUUGAGACUGCUAAAGUUACUGUUGAGAAAGAACUGGCUGACGACGAGGAGGAGAGAGUCGCAGUAAUUGCUGACGAAGUGAAGAAGAAACAGAAAGACUGCGCUGAAGAUUUGAUCAAAGCGGAGCCAGCUCUCCAGGCUGCUCAAGAAGCUUUGAAUACACUGAACAAAGCCAACCUUACUGAACUGAAGUCUUUCGGCUCUCCCCCCGAUGCAGUGACCAAUGUAACUGCUGCUGUGAUGGUCAUCAUGGCUCCUAAUGGCAAAAUACCGAAGGAUAGGAGCUGGAAAGCAGCUAAGCUGGUGAUGUCAAAAGUUGACGUGUUUCUAGAUGCACUCAUAAAUUACGAUAAAGAAAACAUCCAUCCAGAUGUCAUCAAAGCUAUACAGCCAUAUUUGAAAGACGCUGAAUUUGAACCAGAGUUCAUAAGAUCAAAAUCAGCUGCAGCAGCUGGUCUUUGUGCCUGGGUGAUAAACAUCAUAAAGUUCUAUGAGGUGUUCUGCGAAGUCAUGCCGAAGAGGAACGCAUUGUUAGCCGCCAAUGCUGAGCUGGCUGAGGCGCAAGAGAGCUUGAAAAACAUCAAGGCGAAAGUAGCUGCCCUUGAAGCGUUAUUAGCUUCGUUGACGGCUCAGUUCCAAAAAGCCGUGGCCGAGAAGAUGAAAUGCCAAGCCAAGGCUGAUGCCACCAACGCCAUCAUUUCUCUAGCCAACCGGCUCGUCAACGGACUGGCCAGUGAGAAUAUUCGCUGGGCUGAGGCGGUCACAAACUUCAAGAUACAGAGCACAACCUUGCCUGGGGAUAUCCUGCUGGUGUGUGCCUUUAUAUCAUACGUGGGCUGCUUCACCAAGCCAUAUCGUCUUGAAUUGCAGAGGCUAUGGCUUAACUAUUUGAAGAUGUUAGAUCCCGCAGUACCCACAACUGAAGGUUUGGAUCCCUUGACGAUGUUGACAGAUGACACGCAAAUCGCCAUGUGGCAGAACGAAGGACUACCUUCAGAUCGGAUGAGCACUGAGAAUGCUACUGUACUCUCCAACUCUGACAGAUGGCCUUUGAUGAUUGAUCCACAGCUUCAAGGUGUAAAGUGGAUCAAGCAGAAGUAUGGUGACAAACUCCAGGUCAUCCGACUUGGGCAAAAAGGUUACUUGGAAACAAUAGUAGAUGCUGUCGUCAAAGGAGAGGUCGUUCUCCUGGAAAACAUUGGAGAGACUGUUGACCCGGUGCUUGAUCCGUUGCUGGGGAGAAUUUUGAUCAAGAAAGGAAAGGCAAUCAAGAUCGGCGACAAAGAAGUAGAGUAUAACCCGAAUUUUCGAUUGAUCAUUCACACGAAGUUAGCAAAUCCGCACUACCAGCCUGAAAUGCAAGCUCAAACAACCCUGGUUAACUUCACCGUAACCAGGGACGGUCUUGAAGACCAGCUCUUAGCCGAAGUAGUCAAAGCCGAAAGACCAGAUUUGGAAAGCUUGAAAGCUGAAUUAACGAGACAGCAAAAUGAAUUUAAAAUCAAGUUAAAAGAAUUAGAAGACAAUCUACUGUCGAGCCUUUCGUCUGCAGGAGAAAAUAUAUUAGCAAAUCCUGCAUUGGUAGAUAACUUAGAAACGACGAAAAAUACUGCUGAUGAUAUUGAACGAAAGGUAAAUGAAGCGAAGGUUACUUCUUGUGAAAUAGAUAUAGCACGUGAAUUCUACCGACCAGCAGCAGCCAGGGCUUCGCUUUUGUACUUCAUUCUCAACGAUCUGAAUAUUAUCAACCCGAUCUACCAGUUUUCCUUAAAGGCCUUCAGCGUAGUAUUCCUGAAAGCGUUAAGCCGAGCGAAACCAGCGAGUGACUUGCAAGAGCGCAUUAAGAACCUUAUAGACUGCAUUAGCUUCUCAGUCUUUCAGUAUACUUCCAGAGGGUUGUUUGAGUGUGACAAACUUAUUUUUGCGUCGCUUGUGACCUUCCAGAUACUUGUGAUGAGUGAAGAAAUAUCUCCAGAAGAACUGGACUUCUUACUCCGGUUUCCUAUCAAACCACACGUAGCUAGCCCAGUAGACUUUCUUUCUGAUCAUAGUUGGGGAGGCAUCUGUUCUUUGUCUGGAAAGUUGGAGUUCACCAACCUUGAUAGAGAUAUCGAGUCUGCUCCUCUUAAAUGGAAAAAGGUCGUUGAGAUGGAAUGCCCUGAGCGAGAGAAGUUUCCUCAAGAUUGGGAGGAUAAAACACCACUACAACGUCUAUGUAUGAUGCGAGCCUUACGACCAGAUAGAAUGGUCUAUGCAGUAGCAGCAUUCAUCGAAGAGAAAAUGGGUGGGAAAUACACAGAAAACAGAACAAUGGAAUUCAGCAAGUCGUUUGAGGAGACUAGCUCUACCACUCCGAUAUUCUUCAUACUAUCUCCAGGAGUGAACCCAUUGACCGAUGUAGAAAGUUUGGGUAAAGCCAUGGGAUAUACGAUUGAUGGUGGUAACUUCCACAAUGUAUCGCUGGGUCAAGGUCAAGAAAUAGUGGCUGAGCAGGCAAUGGAUAUGGCUGUGAAGGAGGGGCAAUGGGUGGUAUUACAGAACAUUCACUUGGUGAAAAAGUGGCUUCCAACCCUCGAGAAGAAGAUGGAAAGUUUUACCAGCGGUUGUCACGACGAUUUCAGGUUGUUUAUGUCAGCUGAGCCUGCUGAAUCGGCGGAGUCCCAUAUCAUACCGCAGGGAAUCCUGGAGUCCAGCAUAAAGAUCACUAACGAACCACCUACAGGAAUGCUGGCAAACAUCCACAAAGCACUAGACAAUUUCACUCAAGAAACGCUGGAGAUGUGUGGCAAAGAUACCGAGUUUAAAGGCAUUCUGUUUGCUCUCUGCUACUUCCAUGCAGUUGUAGCAGAAAGGAGAAAGUUUGGACCACAAGGGUGGAACAAAGUAUAUCCCUUCAACGUUGGUGACUUGUCCAUAAGCGUUUUGGUAUUGUACAACUAUUUGGAAGCGAAUGAGUUCGUUCCUUGGGAUGACUUGAGAUAUCUCUUCGGUGAAAUUAUGUACGGAGGUCAUAUCACUGACGACUGGGAUCGGCGACUUUGUAACGCGUAUUUAGAAGAACUCAUGCAACCUGAUCUAGUUGAAGGUGAACUAGAAUUAGCACCCGGCUUCAUAGCUCCUCCAAAUACAGACUAUCCUGGCUACCAUCAGUACAUAGAAGAUAAGUUGCCACCAGAAUCACCUUACUUAUACGGACUCCAUCCCAACGCAGAAAUUGGGUUUUUGACGACCACUUCUGAGAACCUCUUCAGAACUAUAUUCGAAAUGCAGCCGAGGGACAGUCAGGCUUCUGGUGGAGCUACUGUUACAAGGGAAGAAAAGGUGAAACUAAUGAUAGAUGAAAUCCUGGAGAAGCUGCCAGUAGAAUACAACAUGGUAGAGAUAAUGAAUAGAGUUGAGGAAAGGACUCCAUACAUAGUCGUGGCGUUCCAGGAGUGUGAAAGAAUGAACGCUCUGACCGGGGAGAUGAAGCGUUCGCUGAGAGAGCUGGAUCUAGGCUUGAAGGGGGAGCUGACAAUAACAUCGGUUAUGGAAGAGUUGGAUAAUGCACUAUUUUUGGACCAGGUUCCAGUAAUAUGGUCCAAUAAGGCAUACCCUUCCUUGUUGGGGCUGGCAGCAUGGUUUAUAGACUUGACUCUUCGAAUCAAAGAGCUUCAGGCAUGGGCCACUGAUUUUAUUCUACCACCAUCAAUAUGGUUGCCUGGCUUCUUCAACCCCCAGAGUCUUCUGACGGCUAUAAUGCAAAGCACAGCUCGAAAGUAUGAGUUGCCACUGGACAAAAUGUGUCUCCAGUGUGAUGUUACGAAGAAAAUGAUAAAAGAUUUUACAUCAGGUCCUCAAGACGGAGCGUUCGUCCACGGACUGCUGAUGGAAGGUGCCCGCUGGGACGUCCUGGCUGGGGUCAUAGCGGAUUCUUUGCUGAAGGAACUCUUCCCACCAAUGGCGGUCAUCAAUGUUAGGGCAAUCACCCAGGACAAGCAGGACCUGCGCAACAUGUACGAGUGCCCGGUGUACAAGACGCGCACGCGCGGGCCCACCUACGUCUGGACCUUCAACCUCAAGACCAAGGACAAGCCCUCCAAGUGGACCCUCGCCGGAGCCGCGUUGCUGCUGCAAAUAUAAAUAAAAUAACCCAAUAAAAUAAAUCGAUAGACUGACACGAUCUACACUAGAGUAGAUCGUGGGAAGCACCUAAGUGCGGGAGCACAGGGCCGGUUGCUGUGCAGCAGUGGACGCCUUGGGCUAAAACGAACGAAACGAAGUAACAAAUAUCGUGAUAUUAAAAUAGGUAUUCUAAGUUCUUGCUUUAUGUUUGCCUGAAUACAAAACCUUUGCCUUUAUUCAAUCACUUAAAAGUUUGCUAUGUAACGAUACGAGAUCACUCACUAACGUACUAACUUUACACUCGCCAGAUGAUCAAGUAAAUAAAUUACCUAGUCAAUUUAUUAUAAUUUGUGUUUAGAAUAAUAAGAACCUCAAAUGACUUUGAUAGAACACCACCAAUUGUUAAAAAAUCACCUUUGGGUACAAAAGGUAAAG